AGCACCGGAAGUCCUUGUCCACAACAUCCGGUCCCGUGUCAGGUCAAAAUGCUUGCCCUGAGAGGGUUACAGAGGCUAAAGCCGGUUUUAUCGACACAUGGAAACAAAAGUUUGAGGACAAUCACAGCCUCUUCAGAAGCUGCCCAGCACAAAGAUGACGUACUCGUGAAGAUGGAGAACCCGUACAAAGAUCCACAGAAAGGAUGCAUCCUCUGCAACGUGACUGUGGACUUUAAAAACGUCCAGCUGCUGUCUCAGUUCAUCUCUCCUCACACGGGCAGGAUUUAUGGCCGACACCUCACGGGCUUGUGUGGAAGGAAACAAAAGGAAGUGUCUAAAGCGAUAAAGAAAGCUCACUCCAUGGGUUUCAUGUCGGUGACCCACAAACAUCCACAGUUCAUGAAGGAUCCGAACAUCUGCAACGUCAAACAACUGGAGUAGAGGAUCAGUGUGUUUAGUGUUUCUUGUUAUUUGUUAAUUAAAACCGAUCAGUUCUGAA